AUGGCCAAGACCAAGCAGGGCAAGAGGGACAUCGACUCCUACACCAUCAGGGGCACCACCAAGGUCGUCCGAGUCGGGGACUGCGUGCUGAUGCGGCCGUCGGACACGGACAACGCGCCCUACGUGGCCCGGGUGGAGAGCCUGGAGUCGGACGGUCGGGGGAGCGUGCGGGUGCGGGUCCGCUGGUACUACCGGCCGGAGGAGUCCAAGGGCGGCCGCCGGCAGUUCCACGGGGCCAAAGAGCUCUUCCUCUCCGACCACUUCGACACGCAGAGCGCACACACCAUCGAGGGCAAGUGCAUCGUCCACUCCUUCAAGAACUACACCAAGCUCGACAACGUCGGCCCGGAAGACUUCUUCUGCCGAUUCGAGUACAAGGCGGCCACCGGAGCGUUCACCCCCGACCGUGUGGCCGUGUACUGCAAGUGCGAGAUGCCGUACAACCCAGAUGACCUCAUGGUGCAAUGCGAGGGAUGCAAAGACUGGUUCCAUCCAACCUGUAUGGGAAUGACCAUUGAGCAGGCCAAAAAGUUAGAUACUUUCCUGUGCGCGGAUUGUGCUAAAGAAAAUGGUGCAAAGAGACCUUCAAAUUCAUACCCGAGUUCACCAAGUUCUGAUUCUAAGGUUGAGCCGAAAAGGCGGAAGAAGUAA